AGGUCGGUGUCAGUCAGUGCACGCGCGGACGACGAAGUGUAUCUCUAUACAGUUCUUAAUCUUUAUCGAUCUUUCCUUUCGAACUCUUCUUUCUAUCUAUUCUAUUCUAUUUAUUUAUUUAUAUUUUAUAUUUUUAUCUCUUUAUCUAGAUUUAUUUGCGUUCAUAUUAUGUUAGUGAUCUUUGGUGUUUUUUCGACAAAAUUUUCUAAUCGAUGAUCGAAAAUUCAUCGUCAUCGUCAUUGUCAUUUUUAACAAUCAAUUGGACAACCAAGCCGAGAACUUUCAUUCAAGGAUAAAAAGAAGAAUGAGACGAUUACGUUAUUGUUAAAUAUUCCACCAGGUGACAAAAUGGACGCGGAAGCAGCCCUACUCGAAAAUUCGCCGACAUUGUCAACGAUCUCAUCAGAUUUGACAGAAGCGACAUAUUCUGUACCGGGUUCGCCCUAUUCAACAGAAUCUCCGAUCAUCGUGACAUCAUCGUAUAGAAAGACACAUGCCGAUGAUGAAACGACAGUUAAACCGACACCAAGGUUUUCACAGGCCACCAGGAAGCCUAAUUUUCGGAUACGACCGCCCUACCUCAUGAUAUGCAUCAGUAUCAUAGAGAUAACCGUCCACUGUUUCGGAGACGAAGCGACGUUGCGGAGAUGGUUGGUCUAUGACCCUCGGCAAAGGGUUCAAGGGUGGAGGUUUGCUUCGUACAUGCUUCUACACUCCAACGCGCUUCACCUUGUGCUCAACGUGCUCAUCCAGCUGGUCCUGGCUACUCCACUCGAGGUUGAACAAGGAAGAAUGGGAGUAGCAACAAUUUAUUUAGGUGGUGGUGUAUGCGGAGCUUUGGGUGCUUCACUUUUGCAACCUAGUGUUUAUCUAGUCGGAGCUUCGGCAGGAGUAUAUGCAUUACUCACCAGUCAUCUUGCUCAUCUUUACUUGUGUCACGGUGAACUACGUUACGCAGGGUGGCGUUUAGGUGCUGUGUUAUUACUCGCCAGUGCAGAUUUUGCAUCAUUACCAAUACCAGCAUUGGUGGGUUGUGGAAGAGUUGGUUGGGCUGCACACGUGGCUGGUGCAUUAGCUGGGCCACUUCUUGGUCUUGCUGUCUUCCCAAAACAAAGCAAGAAGGAUUCACGAGGACGAAGAUUCGUCAGAUUUGUCAGAUUAAUAUCUGGCGUUAGCAUAUUGUUAUUGAUAGUCGGCGCCAUUUUGGGAAACAUUUACCUCAUUGCAUUACCCCAAAUAAGGAAACCCUCCUGACAGAGGAUAGAAAUGCUCGUCAAACUCUGCAGGAGGUCCUUUCUGAUCGUCAAGAUUCGGGAGGCUGCUGACAGUGUCUUCGAGUAAAAUAUCAUCAAUCAUUCGAUAAGAAAUAAAAAGGUGUUGUUAAAUUCUCGUGAUAAUAUUUCGCGUGAAUUAAAUAAUAAUACACUUAUAGCGACAAAAAAAAGAAGAUUAAAAAUCAACGCGUUAACGGGGAGUGUUCAUUAUAAAUCUGUAAUUUUCAUCUAACAGAGGUUUUGUUGGUCUUUUAAAAAAAGAAAAUACAGAAAAAUAACUCGCGGUAUUGUCGAAACGCGCGAAAAAUUUUCAUUGCCAAAAAGAAUUUCGUUUCGAUUUAAUCGAAAAUGAUUUAUUUUCCAUUUGUUUAAAAAGAAGACCAAAAAAAAAAACAAACAAAAGAAAAAAGAGGAUUAGAUAUCAGAUCGUUAAAAAGAGAGAGACUCUAAAAAUCGUUACACCGUAAAAUUUCGAACUCGUGAUAUUUUGUUCUGUGUUCCAAUGUGUUCUGGCCCAAUUUAAAACUAUCGUUUUAUAAGUGACAGGACAAGUUUGAAAGAUCGAAUAAACGUAGCGAAAAUUGAACGUUGAUAAAGAAAUAGAGAAAAAGAGAGAGAGAGAUAAUCAAUUUAAAGGAAUUCUCGCAAACGCGCGACGUUUCGAUACACGCUUCUUCGUUUUUUACGUGUUCUACUGCCUCGUGAAAAAUCGAAACGAAAAUGCACGUUCGAACUCUAUUACGCGUUCGACUAGUUUCGUUGCCAUAGUUUAUUCUAUUGAAUAUAAAACCCAAAGAAAAAAAAAUAUAUAUAUAUAUAGAAAAAAUGUAUGAAAAAAAAAAAAUAUUCAACACACACAUCGUAUAUAUACGCGAGUAAUUCGUCGGAUUUGUAAAAUUCGCGUACGUAAAUGAAAUUUUGCAUAGACGUUGAACGUAUUAAUUAACGUAUUGUUAUUCGAGAAAAAUUUUAAUGAAAAAUAUAAUGAAAUGAAAAAGGGGAAAAAGAAAAAAACUAUUGAAAUUUG